GCUGGGACCCGGAGGUGGUGCUCCUGACCCCACUAGAGCAGCCAGUUGUUUCUGGUUUUGCAGGUUCGGAGCUCGAGUUCCAGGCUGAAUCCCGCCCGGGCCUGGUCAUGCGGCUCCCUCUAUUCCCCGACAGACAGAAUGGCCUCGAAACUCAGCUGGUCUUCUUCCCUUGCCCGUAGCUACUGUCCCUGGUGUUUGUUCCCCCACCAAGACAGAAAGUUGAACAGAAUAAGGGGGGCGGGGCUGAGCACUAAGUGUGAAUUAUGAUGCGAAACCUGUCUUAUUCAGGACUUGGAAAAUUAUGCCCCACAGAAGGGUCCUGUGGUGGCCGCAGUGAGCACAAAGGUGAAAUGAAGGAAGUCAAGAGAAAAGACCUCUGGCGAGAUUCCAGGAAAGCUUUGCUUUCUCUCACCUCAGGGAGGUUGUGUCCAACCGACAGUAGAUGCGGUUAGUGAGGAGCAUUAGCCGACUCUCCGUGUGUUUUCUUAUCUGAUUAAUCAGACUGGAAGCUAGGAACAAACUGGAAAGACGACCUCCCAGAACAAUCUGUUCAUUUUUCCAGCUAUUUGGAAAACAAUGUCUGCAAAUAUAAGCAAAGCUAUUCAUGGCAGUCUGUUCUGUAACUUUCCCAAAUAUCUUAGACUUUUCUUUUUAAGGAGCUUUAUUCUUGAUUACUCAUACCAGUUGAAUAGGCUGUUUCAGCCGUGCUCUGUCGUUGCUCAAACAUAUCUUAUCGCUGGGUACAUAAAUGGAGUUCCACGUAUGUAGCUGACAGACUGAACUAUGAUACAUCCCCCAUCAACCUGAAGUAUUAAGUAAACAUUACCCCCUGCUCUGUCUGAACAGCUGCUGCAACAGAGAGUGCUUUUAUUUCGGGUGUACUUGUAACGCCCUAAAUGCCAGAACUAUUGCAAGCUUUUCUAGAUUUUCAUUUGUCAAGUAUUGUGGGGGUGUGUGUUCUCUCCAUGGGCUGUUUCCCUUUGCUUCUAUAACAAACCAUUUGGAUCUUGGUGAUGUAUUGUUCUUGCCUCUGGUCAGCAAGCCUCUGGCUGGACCCUAGGAGUGAUUUGUGCCCUUAGGCAAUUGUAGGUUUCAGAGAAAUGGCUGGGAGUUCACAGGAAAAUAACUGCCUCUCUCUCAUGCAUGAUUUGCGAGACAUUGCACUUCUAAUCAUCUUGCUAAUCCAAUGGUGUUUAUUACUCCCAUUUUCAAAAGCUAUUCAUUUCUUUUGUGCUUCUGUCGCCCACCUGCCACGCUAUUGAUGACAGGUGUUGAGUCACCUUGAAUUUAAAAUCCUUUUGUGGUAGGCAGAAAUGUGUUGGAUGAGAUUCAUACACACACACACACACUCUCACCCAUUCCAUCGUGAAAAUCUAGAAAAGUUUCUGGAUAUACUUUCUGGCUUAGGCUCCAUUUCAUAAUCUCUUAAGUGUGUCUCUGGACCACAGACCUUGUUGCCCCCUUCUCCCUAACAUACAACUACAAACCACUAGAAAUAGUAAUGGAUGGAAGCAAAUGAGAAGAAUGAAGUACUUCAGAUGCUUAAGGCUCAAUUAAAGCUUUUUCUUGGUGGACUGGUCCUGCCUGUCUAGAAGGCCAUGGAGAAGCUGGGAAUCAAGCCAAGCUCUGCUUCCUGGAUUUUAUCAAGACUUUGUUGGCAGACAUCUGUGAAGUGGUUCAGAAGCCUGUACCUGUUUUGUAUUUGCUUCUGCUUCAGUGCUCUGUGGUUGACAAUAGAUGCCAAGGAGAGCAGGUGCCAGCAGGCAAAGACACAAUUUGGAGUUGGCCUGAGAUCUAGAGGAAAAAAUCACCUCCGGCUUCUUGAAGAAACCCCAUCUUUCCAGUCUUGUUGGGCUGCCUGCUGCCAGGACUCUGCCUGUCAUGCCUUUUGGUGGUUAGAAGGGAUAUGCCUUCAGGCAGACUGCAGCAGGCCCCAGAGCUGCCAGGCUUUUAGGACAGACUCUUCCAAUUCCAUGUUGGUGUUUUUAAAAAAAUUCCAAAUUGCAGAUGAUUUAGAUUUUCUACUUGAAGAUGAUGUACCACAUAUUCUGGGGCUAGAUUGGAGCAGGACAUCUCAGAGGAGGCAGAGCCUACCCAGAGCUCCACUCAGACCCACUGUAUCUUCCAGUGGCCAGCAGAGCUUAAUCAGGAAGCUUUGUAAGAGAGAGAGUCCCAGUGAAGAAGUAGCUGCAGUGACACAGCCUUCUAAAGUGAAUGCCUCCAAGGAAUCAGAUGAUCUGAAUACCACUGGCUCUGCAGAGGUCCACAAGGCAGUUAUAAUUUCUAAUCCCUUAACCACAGACCAGACUGAGAAGAUUGCUGGUUGGUCAAAGAAUGUAUCAGUUCAACCCGAAACGUCCGAGGACCCUGGUACUACUUCUAGUGUUCAGCAAGUAAAAAGCCCUGGGAAAAUGCAGGUUGCUACCCCUCUGCCAGUGGCUCCCUCCUACAGUUAUGCUACCUCUACCCCCCAGACCUCAUUCCAGAGCACCUCAACACCAUACCCAGUUGUAAAGGAACUGGUGGUCUCUGCUGGGAACAGUGUCCAAAUUACCCUGCCUAAGAAUGAAGUUCAGUUAAAUGCAUAUGUUCUUCCAGAACCACUUGCAGGAGAAACCUACACCUACGACUGGCAGCUGAUUACUCAUCCUAAAGACUACAGUGGAGAAAUGGAAGGGAAACAUUCCCAGGUCCUCAAACUAUCCAAGCUCACUCCAGGCCUGUAUGAAUUCAGAGUGAUUGUAGAUGGUCAAAAUGCCCACGGGGAAGGCUAUGUGAAUGUGACAGUAAAACCAGAGCCUCGUAAGAAUCGGCCUCCUGUUGCCAUUGUGUCACCACAGUUCCAGGAGAUCUCUCUGCCAACUACUUCUACAGUCAUUGAUGGCAGCCAAAGCACUGAUGAUGAUAAAAUCGUCCAGUAUCAUUGGGAAGAGCUUAAGGGACCUCUGAGAGAAGAGAAGAUUUCUGAAGAUACGGCCAUAUUAAAACUAAGUAAGCUCGUCCCUGGGAACUACACUUUCAGCUUGACUGUAGUAGACUCUGAUGGAGCUACCAACUCUACCACUGCAAGCCUGACUGUGAACAAAGCUGUGGAUUACCCUCCUGUGGCCAAUGCAGGCCCCAACCAAGUGAUCACCCUGCCUCAAAACUCCAUCACCCUCUUUGGGAAUCAGAGCACUGAUGAUCAUGGCAUCACCAGCUAUGAGUGGUCACUCAGCCCAAGCAGCAAAGGGAAGGUGAUGGAGAUGCAGGGUGUUAGAACACCAACGCUGCAGCUCUCCGCCAUGCAAGAAGGAGACUACACUUACCAACUCACAGUGACUGACACAAUAGGACAGCAGGCCACUGCUCAAGUGACUGUUAUUGUGCAGCCUGAAAAUAACAAACCUCCACAGGCGGAUGCAGGCCCAGAUAAAGAGCUGACUCUUCCUGUAGAUAGCACAACACUGGAUGGCAGCAAAAGCUCAGAUGAUCAGAAAAUCAUCUCAUAUCUCUGGGAAAAAACACAGGGACCUGACGGGGUACAGCUCGAGAAUGCUAACAGCAGUGUCGCCACUGUGGCUGGGCUGCAGGUGGGAACCUACGUGUUUACCUUGACUGUCAGAGAUGAGAGGAACCUGCAAAGCCAGAGCUCUGUGAAUGUCAUUGUCAAAGAAGAAAUGAACAAACCACCUAUAGCCAAGAUAACUGGGAUUGUGGUGAUUACCUUGCCCACGGACACAGCAGAGCUGGAUGGUUCCAAGUCCUCAGAUGACAAGGGAAUAGUCAGCUACCUCUGGACUCGAGAUGAGGGGAGCCCAGCAGCAGGGGACGUGUUAAAUCACUCUGACCACCACCCUAUCCUCUUUCUUUCCAACCUGGUUGAGGGGACUUACACAUUUCACCUGAAAGUGACUGAUGCGAAGGGUGAGAGUGACACAGACCGGACCACUGUGGAGGUGAAACCUGAUCCCAGGAAAAACAACCUGGUGGAGAUCAUCUUGGAUGUCAACGUCAGUCAGCUCACUGAGAGGCUGAAGGGGAUGUUCAUCCGCCAGAUUGGGGUCCUCCUGGGGGUGCUGGAUUCCGACAUCAUUGUGCAAAAGAUUCAGCCGUACACGGAGCAGAGCACCAAGAUGGUAUUUUUUGUUCAAAACGAGCCUCCUCACCUGAUCUUCAAAGGCCAUGAGGUGGCAGCGAUGCUCAAGAGUGAGCUGCAGAAGCAAAAGGCAGACUUUCUGAUAUUCAGAGCCCUGGAAAUCAAUACUGUCACCUGCCAGUUGAACUGUUCUGACCAUGGCCACUGUGAUUCAUUCACCAAACGCUGUAUCUGUGACCCUUUCUGGAUGGAGAAUUUCAUCAAGGUGCAGCUGAGGGAUGGAGAUAGCAACUGUGAGUGGAGUGUGUUAUAUGUCAUCAUCGCUUCCUUUGUCAUCGUUGUUGCCUUGGGAAUUCUGUCCUGGACUGUGGUCUGUUGUUGUAAGAGGCAAAAAGGAAAACCCAAGAGAAAAAGCAAGUACAAGAUCCUGGAUGCCACAGAUCAGGAAAGCCUAGAAUUGAAGCCAACCUCCCGAGCAGGCAUCAAACAGAAAGGCCCAAUGCUGAGCAGCAGCCUGAUGCACUCGGAGUCCGAGCUGGACAGUGAUGAUGCCAUCUUCACGUGGCCAGACCGAGAGAAGGGCAAACUCCUGCAUGGUCAGAACGGCUCCGUGCCCAACGGGCAGACCCCGCUCAAGGCCAGGAGCCCACGGGAGGAGAUCUUGUAGUCUCCGGGUCUGUGUCCUCAGGUUAGGGUCAGCAAUGCCAGGCUGCUUCUCAUACCUCCCAAGUCUGAGGGCAGCUGCUGGUCACUCCACCCUAACACCUCAACCAGAGCUGCUGGUACUUGAAUCUAGAGACAUUCUCCAGGCACCCCGGAAUGAAGCUGUGAACGAAGAGUUUUCCUCUUUAACCUGUCUGGUAGGUCCCCCCCAACGUCCUCACCUCAGGGCCUCCUUUUUUCCAGCCUCUCCCCUGCUCCGAGGGCAGAUGGUGCCAGCUCCUGGCCUCCUCUCCAACCCCCUGUUGGCAGGGUUGCUGCUCCCAGGGCGACCGCACAGUGAGGCCUGGCUGUGUCCUCCACACCUGGGUACAGAACGAAGCACCACAGCCGUCUGGCUCCAAAAGCCUGCUUGCGGGCAUGGUCUUUGUUCUCUUCUCAGGAUGGAGUGUGCCUCUCGCUCGGCCCAGAGGUAGUGGAACCCUCUCCUCACCACUGAGACUGGACUGGUAGUCCAGUAAUAGCCUGGCCCAGGAUUAGGGGAGGGCUGGCUCUUUCAGGAAUGGAGAGGGGCCCCUCUGGCUGCUGAGCUGAUGUGUUAGAGCAGCCAGGCUGGACAGACUGCCACCCCCCUUCCUCCUGGCCAUCCUGGUUGCUUCAGGGCUCAGGCCACCAUGCCCUGUGCUGAGGAGACAGCCACAAACAGAAUGGAAAUGUUAUGGCAUGAGGGCGCAUGUGUGUGAGUGUCCCACGGUGGUUUCCUCUCAGUCUGUCUCUGUGUCCCUUGCAUGUGUGUGUGUGUGGGUGUGUGUUAGUGUGAGUGUGCAUCAGCUCCUCCUAGGGCUCUUGGCUACUCACCAGGCAAACUUGACCUGGAAAGACUUCCAGCUCCUUGGAACGGAGACUUACUGAAUCCAUCUGGGCCUGUCACUGGUUCCUCAGCCAUGGUAUCUGGGUGUUGAGGAACGGGAGCUUUGGGAGAGUGGCUUUUUAAAAAGAAACUUACCGUUUAUACUACUGCACUACUGUCUGUUGUGAGAUGAUUAAACAUGGUAUUUAAUUGUA